GUACACUUUAAUUUAUUUAUUCCCAAAAAAACGAGUCGCCAUUUCCUCUUCCCGAUAUGCCCUUCAUCGCACCAUCCAUCUGCUAUUCUCUUCUCUCUCUUCCAAUUCCCCUAAUUUGCCGUCUAUGCUAUACGACCAAGACUAUCACCUCAUCUGCAAGUGACGCUUGAUAUUUGCAAAAGUAUCGCAGCCGCAGUGAUGAAUUAAAGGAAGCUCAAGCACUUGAAAUUGCAAGAAUGUGGAAAUUGGUGAGCUUGAAACAAGCUGGGGAAACUCGUUGGAGCUCACAUUUCAGUUCUGUUUGCAGUUUGAUUAGGAUGUUUGCUGCAACUUGUUCUGUUUUAGAAGAUGUUGAAGAGAAUGGCAAUAACUAUUCUACUCGUGGAAAUGCAGCUAGAGAACUUAAGAAGAUUAAAUCUUUUGAUUUUGUUUUCUUGUUGCAUCUUAUUAAAGAAAUUAUGGGCAUUACAGAUCUUCUAUGUCAGCAUAUACAGAAGAAGUGCCAAGACAUAGUAAAUGCUAUGCAUUUGGUGUCAAGCACCAAAAUGUUGAUCCAAAAGUUAAGGGAGGGUGGAUGGGAUAACUUCUUAGAAAUUGUUAAAGAGUUUUGCACAAAGCAUGAAAUUGAAGAUCCUAAUAUGAAGUCUCCUUAUGCGGUAAAAUGCAAACGCCAUGAUCAAGAAGGGUUUGAUAUUGAACGUCACCAUCGGGUUGAUAUGUUUUACGCAGCCAUAGAUUCAUAAUUGUUGGAGCUGAAUAGCAGAUUCGGUGAACAGAUAAUGGAUCUUCUUACUCUUAGUGGUGC